CAAGGCACAGUGGACAUAAAACCGCGGUGCUUGCCCUGACGCCGUGGGUGCAGAGUGCCAGCUGGGGCCCCGCGUUUUGGAUUCCACUUCGAUUUUUGAAAGGCUUUUCGACUGCACGGUGCCAUAAGUCUCCGGGAAGAAAACACACACUCGACUCGGCCGCUGUCUGAGAGAGAGCCCCCCCUCGGUCUCCUGCUCCUGCGCUCCCUUCACUUCUCACCCGAGCUGGUGCAUGUCUGAAGUUUAGACAUGUUCGGCUUCGUGGACUCAAGGACUGUUCUGCUACUCGUAGCAUCCCAGGUUGUUUUACUAUCCGUGGUCAGAUGUCAGGAAGAGGACGACCAGGAGGCAGGCGGCUGCGUCCAGGACGGCCAGCGGUACAAUGAUAAGGAUGUGUGGAAGCCCGAGCCGUGUCGCAUCUGCGUGUGCGACAGCGGAGCGGUGCUGUGCGAUGAGAUCAUCUGCGAGGAGAUGAAAGAGUGCGCCAACCCUAUCAUCCCGCCUGGAGAGUGCUGUCCCGUCUGCCCCGCCGACGCCACUGCCCCCAUUGAGACGCUUGGUGCGAAGGGCCAGAAAGGUGAACCAGGAGACAUCGCAGAUGUUGUAGGACCAAAAGGACCACCCGGCCCCAUGGGCCCCUCAGGUGAACAGGGACCACGUGGAGAAGCUGGCGCUAAGGGUGACAAGGGAAAUGCUGGACCUCGAGGACGUGACGGCGAGCCCGGCAUCCCCGGAAACCCUGGCGCAGCCGGACCACCUGGACCACCGGGACUUGGAGGGAACUUUGCUGCUCAGAUGGCCGGAGGAUUCGACGAGAAGGCCGGAGGCGCUCAGAUGGGCGUGAUGCAAGGACCGAUGGGUCCCAUGGGCCCCCGUGGCCCCCCAGGACCGUCCGGAGCUCCUGGGCCACAGGGUUUCCAGGGAGGCCCCGGUGAGACCGGAGAGCCCGGUACAGCAGGACCAAUGGGACCUCGUGGACCAUCCGGACCUUCCGGAAAACCAGGAAGUGAUGGUGAGGCUGGAAAACCCGGCAAAGCUGGAGAGCGAGGACCUGCCGGGCCUCAGGGAGCUCGUGGAUUCCCUGGAACUCCUGGACUUCCUGGAAUUAAAGGACACAGAGGUCACCCCGGUCUGGACGGAGCCAAGGGAGAGAACGGUGCCGCGGGAGCCAAGGGAGAGUCUGGUGCCUCUGGUGAGAACGGUGCCCCCGGACCGAUGGGACCCCGUGGUCUGCCCGGUGAGAGAGGACGUCCUGGAGCCGCUGGAUCUGCAGGAGCUCGUGGAAACGAUGGCUUGCCCGGUCCCGCUGGUCCACCUGGGCCUGUCGGACCUUCCGGAGCCCCCGGUUUCCCAGGAUCCCCAGGAUCCAAGGGAGAAGCUGGACCCACUGGUUCCCGCGGAGCCGAGGGAGCACAGGGACCACGCGGAGAGGCCGGUACCCCCGGAUCUCCCGGACCCUCCGGAGCAUCGGGUAACCCCGGAACUGACGGUAUUCCUGGAGCUAAGGGAUCUGCUGGUGCUUCAGGUAUUGCCGGCGCUCCCGGAUUCCCCGGCCCCCGUGGCCCACCCGGACCACAGGGAGCGACAGGACCUCUGGGGCCAAAGGGACAGUCUGGCGACCCUGGUCUUCCUGGAUUCAAAGGUGAAGCUGGACCCAAGGGAGAACUUGGCCCCGCUGGUCCUCUAGGUCCCCCAGGCCCAGCUGGAGAGGAAGGAAAGAGAGGCGCCAGAGGAGAGCCCGGAACUGCUGGACCACUCGGACCUCCGGGAGAGAGAGGAGCUCCUGGUAACCGUGGUUUCCCUGGUCAGGAUGGUCUUGCUGGUGCUAAGGGUGCCCCCGGUGACCGUGGUGUUCCUGGAGCCGCUGGGCCUAAAGGUUCGACCGGAGACCCCGGACGCACAGGAGAGUCCGGCCUCCCCGGAGCCAGAGGUCUCACUGGUCGUCCCGGAGAUGCUGGUCCUCAAGGCAAAGUCGGAGCCUCUGGAGCCUCCGGUGAGGACGGUCGCCCCGGCCCACCUGGUCCACAGGGAGCUCGCGGACAACCCGGAGUGAUGGGAUUCCCUGGACCAAAGGGAGCAAAUGGUGAACCUGGAAAAUCAGGAGAGAAGGGUCUUGUUGGUCGUCCUGGACUGAGAGGUCUGUCUGGAAAAGAUGGUGAGACCGGUCCGUCUGGACCUUCUGGCCCUGCUGGACCCGCGGGAGAGAGAGGAGAGCAAGGUCAGCCUGGACCUUCUGGCUUCCAGGGUCUGCCUGGACCGUCUGGUGCCCCGGGUGAGGCUGGAAAACCUGGAGACCAGGGUGUUUCUGGAGAGGGCGGAGCUCCUGGUGCUGUUGGACCCAGAGGCGAGCGUGGAUUCCCUGGCGAGAGGGGCGGUGCUGGAGCUCAGGGUCUCCAGGGACCCCGUGGACUUCCUGGAACACCUGGAACCGAUGGACCCAAGGGAGCCAUUGGACCAUCCGGUGCUGCUGGACCUCAGGGACCCCCCGGCCUGCAGGGAAUGCCUGGAGAGAGGGGAACUGGUGGCAUCCCAGGAGCCAAGGGAGACAGAGGAGACAACGGACAGAAGGGACCUGAGGGAGCUCCCGGAAAGGACGGUUCUAGAGGUUUGAGUGGUCCCAUCGGUCCUCCUGGCCCAUCUGGACCCAACGGUGCCAAGGGUGAGACUGGACCCAGUGGACCUAACGGUGCAGCGGGUGCUCGCGGAGCUCCUGGCGACCGUGGUGAGCUCGGGCCUCCUGGACCUGCCGGUUUCGCUGGACCUCCUGGCGCUGACGGUCAGCCUGGAGCCAAGGGAGAGCUGGGCGAGUCUGGACAGAAGGGAGAGGGCGGUUCUCCUGGACCUCAGGGACCAUCCGGAGCUCCUGGACCCGUGGGACCCACUGGUGUGUCUGGACCUAAAGGAGCUCGUGGUGCUCAGGGAGCUCCUGGUUCCACUGGCUUCCCUGGUGCUGCCGGCAGAGUCGGAUCCCCCGGCCCCAAUGGCAACCCCGGCUCUUCUGGUCCCGCUGGUCCCGCUGGUAAAGACGGACCCAAGGGCGCCCGUGGUGACGCCGGACCCCCAGGACGACACGGAGACGCUGGACUGCGCGGACCCGCUGGCCAACAGGGAGAGAAGGGAGAGGCCGGAGAGGACGGACCACCCGGUUCUGACGGGCCUUCAGGUCCGAUGGGUCUUGCCGGAUCCCGUGGUAUCGUCGGUUUGCCCGGUCAGCGUGGAGAGAGAGGUUUCGCUGGUCUCCCCGGACCUUCUGGAGAGCCUGGUAAACAGGGAGCUUCUGGUUCCGCUGGCGACCGCGGACCUCCCGGACCCGUCGGACCCCCUGGACUUACAGGACCUUCUGGAGAGACUGGUAGAGAGGGUACCCCCGGAUCAGAUGGACCCCCUGGUAGGGACGGAUCCACUGGAGUCAAGGGCGAGCGAGGUAACACCGGUCCCGGUGGCGCCCCCGGAGCUCCUGGUAGCCCCGGUGCCCCCGGACCCGUCGGGCCCCUCGGCAAGCAGGGAGACAGAGGAGAGGGUGGAGCUCAAGGACCUGCAGGACCCGCUGGACCCGCUGGCGCCAGAGGAAUGGCUGGGCCCCAAGGACCACGUGGAGACAAGGGAGAGGCUGGUGAGACCGGCGAGAGGGGACAGAAGGGUCACCGCGGCUUCACCGGUCUGCAGGGUCUUCCCGGACCUCCUGGUCCCGCUGGAGACUCUGGAGCCGCCGGACCCGCAGGACCAAGCGGUGCCAAGGGACCACCUGGACCUGGUGGACCUGCUGGUAAAGACGGAUCUAACGGACUGGGUGGCCCUAUUGGACCCCCUGGACCUCGUGGACGCUCUGGAGAAUCUGGUCCUGCUGGUCCUCCUGGUAACGCCGGACCCCCUGGUCCUCCUGGUCCUCCCGGCCCUGGCAUCGACAUGUCCGCCUUCGCCGGUCUGGGUCAGACGGAGAAGUCCACCGAUCCCCUCAGGUACAUGAGGGCCGACGAGGCCUCCAGCUCCCUGAGGCAGCACGACGUCGAGGUGGACUCCACGCUCAAGUCCCUCAACAACCAGAUCGAGACCCUGCGCAGCCCCGACGGCUCCCAGAAGAACCCCGCUCGCACCUGCAGGGACCUGAAGCUGUGCCACCCCGAGUGGAAGAGCGGCGACUACUGGGUUGACCCCAACAUCGGCAGCACGGCCGACGCCAUCAAGGUCUUCUGCAACAUGGAGAGCGGAGAGACCUGCGUCUACCCAAGCAUCGCCAAGGUGCCCAAGAAGAACUGGUGGACCAGCAAGAGCAAGGACCGCAAACACGUGUGGUUCGGCGAGACCAUGAACGGAGGAUUCCACUUCGACUACGCUCAGGACGGCCCGGCGGCCAACGCCGCCAGCGUCCAGCUGACCUUCCUGAGGCUCCUGUCCACUGAGGCGUCCCAGAAUCUCACUUACCACUGCAAGAACAGCAUUGCCUACAUGGACCAGAGCGCGGGCAACCUGAAGAAGGCUCUGCUGCUGCAGGGCUCCAACGACGUGGAGAUCCGUGCCGAGGGCAACAGUCGCUUCACGUACGGCGUGUUGGAGGACGGCUGCAAGAAACACACAGACCGGUGGGGCAAGACCGUCUUUGAGUACAAAACACAGAAGACCUCCCGUCUGCCGAUCGUGGACAUUGCUCCCAUGGACAUCGGAGGAGCGGACCAGGAGUUCGGAGUGGACCUAGGCGCAGUCUGCUUCUUGUAAAAGUGGAGUAUCACAAAUGGCUCCCCCCCCCCCCCAAAAAAGAUAAAUGAAUAACAGGAAACUCAACCAUGAAACAUUACACAACACUUCCACAAUAAUGAAGACUGGAAUUUUUUUUUUAAGAAAGAAAAUUGAUACCUUUUCCUCUCUCAACGAAGUGCUCUCCAUGUCGUACUCCCCUCGGAUGUCAGCACUGAAGGGCACCAGCAAUAUCUGUACACCGCCACACCAGCAUUCUGUCAAUCCCCCCCCGCUUCCUGAGAUCCAGUCAUGUUUCCCAUGGCGUCCCACCGUCGACGGGAGUUCUGAGUCAGAACCAGGAGGAAGAGGGACCAAGCGAACAAGUUAUGGAGAACAUGAAACAUGACUUGAUGUCACUUAUUUAUUGUCUAACCCUAAAAAAAAAAAAACAGGCAGAGUUGAGGUAGGACUGGACGGGGGUUUUUCUUUGUAAAGUACGACAAGCCCCCUUUUUUCCACUACAGAACAGCCGCGCAAACCUCAGUCCCAGUCCUACUCCACCUCGCUGCCCGUUUCCCUCCUGACACACACAAAUACGGCAUUUUGAAAUCAGUGUAGACCAAAAAAAAAAACAACACAAUAUCUAUAUAUUCUCAGUAAGUAAAAUCAAAACUCCAGGUGCUCCCGGCCCCUGUUCCAUCACGAGGCAGGAGCCCAGACACCUUUUUACUGUGUAUAAUAAAUCCUUGGUUCUAUUGUUGUAAAGGUCUGUGUUUAUAAACAAGCAGAUGGUUUUAUAUAUAUAAAUAUAUAUAUAUAUUUCCACAUUAUGUGUGUACAUGUGUCUAUAUGCACACCAACACUUUUUUUAGAAGGUGAGGUUACAUUCGGGGAUGUGUGCUUCAGCGUCCCGUUCCCCUCGACUGCCCAUCAGAGGAAGACCCAGUUCUCAAAAAGAAAAGAAUUUGAGAUUAAUUUUGCCUUUUAUUUUCUUCCAUCCAGAUUGUUUAAAGCUACCUCACGCUGAAAAACAAAGUGAACAUGUCGAGUGUCAAUCUGAGCUGACCAAAAUCAUUAGCUUUCAGGUGGAAUCUGGGGCUGAGCGGCCAUCUUUGCUUUGGGUUGCUCUCUCUCUCUUCAGAAAGGUGCUAUGAGUUCUGUAAUCCCACCCCCCCCAAAAACCCAGAAUUCCCACUAGCCUCACACCACACAUUCACACUCCACCCUGGAGGAGGAGGAGGGGGUGCAGUAAGGUCACGACAGGGGGAGGAGACACCUCUCGAGUCCACAUCCCCAGAGCCGAACAUGGGGACUUGUGAGGGACGGUCGCUGGAAAAAAAAAAACCAGGGUGGGUUGUCUCUGUGUGUGUGAGGGUGUGUACAUUUUUUUAAUUAAUUUUAUUAUGAACCAUGAUCA